CCACAUUCACUGUUUUCCACUCAGUCUCUCGCUCAAAUCUCCAUUCUCAUGCCUCAUACACAUGUCUCGCGCAUAAGGCCCCAUACUCCCCCGCCGUCACUGCAACACCACGCUCGCUAAUCCAAUGGGCUCUCGAUGAGCUCCGCACGCAACCGCGGCCUGGUUCCGCAGUCGACCGGCGAUACGCAGUACAAUGUCCGCGAUGCCGCUCUCCACGGUGCCUCUCUGGCCUUCUCCAAACCGGCCGUACAAGGCCCGAAACCCCAGGCCAAUACGUAUACUGGAGGAGACAAUGGGGCUCUGCUGGCGGCAACCAAAGUAGGCACGGGCCGGCAGAGCGCUGCGGGAAGCCCUGCGGCCUUGACGAGGGAUUGGACCGGCGGGAGCUCGCGGAGCCAAAGCAGGCCGAACCUGUCGCCUAUGCAGCAAGCUGUCACCAAGUCCAACAGUUCCAGCUCGCUGGGCGUGACUGAUACCCACCUCGACCGCGUACCGUCUCCGUCCAACAUUGCUGCCAGGCUGGCGGCUGCCCGCGCCAGCCCCCUACGGCCCGCAGCCCAGGCUACCGUUGCUCCUGCAAUGAGCGAUCGGGAUGCAAACGAGAGAGACAUACUGCCUCCGACGGGCAGCGUGGGAAACGUCCUCGCAAGGCUUGAGCCUAGGAAGCCUAGUCAGCAGCCGCGUACGAGGAGGGGCAGCCUGGGGUCGCACUCGCCCGCGAACACGGUGAGCAGCGAGCAACAUGACAAGCCUACCGACGAGACUCCUAUCCCGCCUACCACUUCUUUGGUGAAAAUGUUCGAGCAGAGCCGAUCUGAUCCCUCCACGAAGCCUCCCACCGCACCCCCGAACGUCGCCCAGCACUCUCCGCCUCCUGUUCGCUCUCCUAAACCACAGCGGACGUUUAGACUGCCUCCAGAAUCAGAAUUCGGUCCACCGCUGCAGAGGACGAGUACAAGGAGUCCGCCACCCGUCAAGCCAAAACCCAAGCUUCAGACUGGGCUGGCCCCGCAACCCUUCAUCGAUGUCUCGAAUGAUGACGCAUUCUUCAACACUCCAAAGAAAGGGCCCCUCAAAUCUCCACCGAUCAAGCAAAAGCCGGUGCAGUUGGCCGCAAGCAAGACGACAACUCCACCUCCGAAACCUCCACCUCAGAGAGGGUCUCGCCCGAAGUCUCAAAACAUGGCACGGUCGACUUCGGUCCACAGGAGACUCUCAACAUCUCUUGAAAGCUACGGAUCGCCUGAUUCGCCAACAUCAUUCAAAUCAGCCAAGGAAGAGCAAGAAGAGGAUGAGAAACCAAAGCCAAGUCUACCUCCUCCACGACGGUCAAAUACACGGCGAACAGAUCCUGCGCCCCUGGCUAGCAAACUUCAGCCUACAACACCCAUAUCAAUCAAGUCACGGAAUCAGAGCCAGACACCGACUUCAAUUCGUUCACGCGAGCAACUCUCGCCCCCGCGUAGACCAGCAUCGGCUACAGGUAUACAACCUUCAAUGUACCACAACAACUACCAACGGCAAUCUGUCCAGCAAAUCACAAAGCAUAUGACCGGAGAGUCUCUGUCAAGCGCCAUCAUGGGCGCAGCCCUAGCUGCUACGUCUCGUAACGCCUCACCCGCACCGCGCCCUACGUCCAUAGAGCCCCUCUUCCCACCUCGCAAGCAACACCACCACCACUUGCCCUUUCGGCGAUCGCCCUCGCCACCGAAACAGUCGCCGCCAAAAGCGGCUGGCAAGAUGCGGACUACAAUGCGUAAAGAGCCAUCUUCGUCGGAAGACGAAGAUGAAGUGAGGAGGUACAAGAAGAAGGGUACAAGAAUCAUGGGCAUCAAGGGACGGAAACAUCCGAACAAGCACCAUGAAGGGACAAGGAGACGGUGGCGCGAUCAGAUCACCGAGCGGGAACGCAAGCGAUAUGAGGGUGUUUGGGCAGCUAACAAAGGGUUGUACUUGCCUAAUCCAUCAGUAUCACCUUCUCGCGCCGUCGUUGAGGAAGACCCCUCACUCGGUGUGCUGAAUCUCUGUGUGCAAGAGAUUUGGACGAGAAGUCGCUUACCAACACAUGUCCUCGAAGAAGUGUGGGAUCUUGUAGAUGGCAGGGGGGUUGGCAGGCUGACUCGAUACGAGUUUGUAGUUGGGCUUUGGCUGAUUGACCAGAGGCUCAAGGGGAGAAAGUUGCCUGUCAGGGUUACUGAUAGUGUAUGGGCGAGUGCAAGGGGUGUGGGGAUCAAGGUCAAGGUUCGCACGUGAAGUGGGGCUCGUAUGGUGUGUAGGGUAUAUCGCAUUGCAUUGCAUGGUGUUU